AUGAUGGAUCCCAAUGCCUUCAAUCCGGCCAUGAUGGGUAUGGGUGGUUUCAAUCCUGCCAUGACACCGAUGAUGCCAUUUGGUAAUCAGAACGGUUUCUUCCCGCAGAACAACUUCAACGGAGGAUUUGGCGGAAGAGGAAGGGGCGGUUACAGGGGCAGGGGCGGCUUCCGUGGUCGUGGUGGCUUCAACAACAUGCAUGGCGGCUUCAAUGGACACAUGUCACAGCCUCCAGAAGACUUCACCGUUGUCGCAGGCUCUACAGAAGGACCUCCAAUUGAUGCUCCCAAGGGUCCCAAGGCUAUGCGUGAGGGCUUGCCCAACAGUGGCAUAUACAGUAGGGGCGGCUACCAAGGAGGAAGGAACGCUCAUCCCACACCUACCCCUCAACCCCAGUCUCUCCCUGCACAAUCACCUCAGCCGCAAAGAGAGCGUAGNUAUCUCCCCGCUCGCGACAACCGAGACCGUGGCCGCUCGCCUUCACAUUCAAGAUCAGGCUCGCACAGCCGCAAGCGUAAGCACAGCGUCGAGUCGCAAGACAGCGAAGCACGAGCCCGCAGACGUGAGCGACGCCGUCGUCAUGAAAGAAAGUACGACGACGAGCCCGCCGAAUCCGACAGAAAGGACGUAACAAGAUCGGACUCCGGCGACGAGGAUGCUUCUAGAAGAUCACGCCGCCGCAGAGGAGACAGAGAGAAGCACCGUUCAACUCGCGAGAACAGCAGAGACCGCGAUCAUCGCCGCCGUCGCAGCAGAUCUCGCGGCGACAAGGACCACCGCACUAAUGGCGACGACCAAUCCUCGCGAGCCAAGAGCCGCCGCGACCGCGACCGUGAGAGAGAAAAGGAACGCUCUGAUCGCGAUAGAAGUGAUCGUGAUCGUGAUCGUAAACGCUCUCGUAGAGAUCGCUCGCCCUCAGCCAAUGGAACCAACGAUCAUUACUCAUCUUCCCGUCGCUCACGUCGCGACGACCCAGCAUCCACAAACGAUGAUCAAGGAUUCAAGAUCAAAGGCUCUCGCACCGGUGGCAGCAAACCCUUUGCUCCACCCACCGGUCCCCGCAAAGACCGCAACGACGACAGAAACACUAGACGCCCUUCACUCCAAUCCGUCGCUGUGCCCCAAGACAAUGCUGCCUCUUCAUCUGCAGACCCAUAUGCCCUAGAACGCGAAGCACGCAUCAAGGAGCGCAUGGCCAAAGAACAGCAACGCCGCGAAAGUGCCACCUUGGGAAAGAGAGGCAGAGGUGAUGAAUCAGGGAGACGGGGAUCGUUCGAGGCGCCGACGGGCCCUAAAGGCGGAAGGAAAGGAAGAAAAGGUUAG